UGCUUGUCCUGUGACAUCAAAGAGCUUUGCUCUGAGGACAUCAAUAAGACUGGCCACCUUGCUGUCAGUCCCCAGACCAACCCACCAUUCCUUGACAUUCCACCUUCCGCUGGAGAGAACCACCAGAAAAUGACAACUUCAGCUCUUCGGCUAAGAGAAGUCGCAUGGCAUCAGAGGAUUUCAUUGACUUAACUAGAGAAACCAGACCAAGGGCAAAGGAUCGAAAUGGACUCUGUGUGAUUGACCUGACAAGAAAUGAGGAAGAAAAUCGACCUAUUGCCACUCUUGAUUUGACUUUAGAACCUGUCACUGCCUCCCAAAAGGAGCCAGCCAGUCUUCAGACAGGUGCCAGCCUCUCCAACAAAGAGGUGAUAGAAAGCCGGGUGGACAGAAGCUCUCGGCCUACAGCACAGAGAAUCAUUAACAGUGUUCCUGUAGAUUUGGACCUGUUGGAAGAAACCACAUUUGAAGGUCCUCAACCCCCUACAUCCAUCAAUCAGGACUCUGUUUAUCCAGCAGAGCCAAAUUGUAGCUCAACCACAUUCAAAGGUGACCUCAGCUUCUUAGCAAGCCUACAGCUGUCCUCAGAUGUUAGCUCUUUCUCCCCAACAAGCAAUAAUGGUAGCAGCAGCAAUCAUAGGCCACUCUUGCCAUGCCUGCAGCAAGAUGUACCUUGCCCACCUCGAGCCUUGCCAUGCCUACUUCCAGCUUCACCAUGUCCACCACGAGCCUCCUCCUGCCCACCACGAGCCUUGUCAUGCCCAUCACAGACCACGCAGUGUCAACUACAAACUUUGCCUCACCCACCUCGAGAAGUGCCAUGCCCUCCUGAAGGUGUCCGAUGCCCUCAGUGGAGUAUGCCAAGCCGACCUCAAGAGCCAUCCUGGCAUCCUCAACACCCACCAAGCCCACCUCAAGACUCUCUGAGCCUACUACAAGAUGUACCAGGUCCACCUCAAAAGCUCUUCUAUCCACAAGACAUGGCACACCUGCAAGGCAUUCCAAAGUCACUGCAAGACAUGCCACAGUCAAUAGGAGAUGUACCACAGUCACAAGACAUGCCACUGUCACUAGGAAAUGUACCACAGUCUUCAGGUAAAAUGUCAAAGUCACCAGGAGGUGUGAUUGGUGAUAUACCACCAUUGGGAGAUAUACCACACUUACCAGAUGUGCUGCGCUCACCUGGUGACAUGCCAUGCUCACCAGGAGACUUGCUUAAUUUACCAGAAGACAGGCCUGACUCUCCUCAGAAUGAUGUACAGAAUUGUGAUGCUCCUAUGGAUAUCUCAGCUCCAUCCUCUCCAAGCUGCUCCCCCAGCCCACAGUCUCCACAGUCUGAAACUUCGUUAGAGAAAGUUCCUUGGCUUUCUGUCAUGGAAACACCAGCCAGAAAAGAGAUAUCACUGUCAGAGCCUGCCAACUCCGGGUCUACCCAGGUACAAGCACGAACACUGCAAGGUGGGCUAUACAACAAACCCUGCCUACACAGACUGAAGUACUUCUUACGACCUCCAGUACAUCACCUCUUCUUCCAGACACUAAUACCUGAUAAAGACACACGAGAGAGCAAGGGUCAAAAGUUAGAACCCAUCCCUCCUCGAAGACUAAGAAUGGUAACAAACACCAUUGAAGAAAACUUCCCCCUGGGGACUGUGCAGUUUUUGAUGGACUUCGUAUCACCCCAGCAUUACCCACCUGGAGAUAUUGUGGCUCAUAUUAUCCAGAAAAUCCUGCUCAGUGGCUCUGAGACUGUGGAUGUCCUCAAGGAGGCCUACAUGCUUCUCAUGAAAAUUCAACAGCUGCAUCCAGCCAAUGCUAAGACAGUGGAGUGGGACUGGAAACUGCUCACAUAUGUCAUGGAAGAAGAGGGUCAAACUCUGCCUGGGCGAGUCCUUUUCCUGCGUUAUGUAGUACAGACCCUAGAAGAUGACUUUCAGCAGAUCCUGAGGAGACAGCGGCAGCACCUGCAACAAUCUAUUGCAAACACUGUGCUGUCCUGUGACAAGCAGCCCCACAAUGUCAGAGAUGUUAUUAAGUGGCUGGUCAAAGCAGUAACUGAAGAUGGGAAUCAAACUUCUUCAGAAACAGGAAUCUUAAAGGCCAGCGGUGGACAUCCUUCUCCCCAGUCUAACCUGACCAAGAAUACCAAUCAGUUGAUUGUGUGCCAGCUUCAGAGGAUGCUGUCCAUAGCUGUAGAGGUGGAUAGGACUCCUACCUGCAGCUCCAAUAAAAUUGCUGAGAUGAUGUUUGGGUUUGUGCUGGACAUCCCUGAAAGGAGUCAAAGAGAGAUGUUCUUUACUACCAUGGAAAGCCACCUUCUGCGCUGCAAAGUGUUAGAAAUCAUAUUCCUGCACAGCUGCGAGACACCCACCCGCUUGCCCUUGUCUCUGGCCCAGGCCCUCUAUUUUCUGAACAAUUCCACAUCACUACUCAAGUGUCAGUCAGAUAAAACCCAGUGGCAGACUUGGGAUGAGCUGGUCGAGCAUCUGCAGUUUCUGUUGUCCAGUUAUCAACAUGUUUUAAGAGAGCACCUACGGAGUUCAGUGAUUGAUCGAAAAGACUUAAUAAUCAAAAGGAUUAAGCCCAAGCCCCAACAAGGAGAUGACAUCACAGUGGUGGAUGUGGAGAAGCAGAUUGAGGCCUUCCGCAGUCGCUUAAUCCAGAUGCUGGGGGAGCCUCUGGUCCCUCAACUGCAAGACAAAGUGCACUUGUUGAAGCUUCUGCUCUUCUAUGCUGCGGACUUGAACCCUGACACAGAGCCUACUCCGAAGCACUAGAGCAGCCCUAAGGGCCUUCUAAGCACUGAGCACCAAGAAUACCUCUUGAACUUGUCUUCAACUACUUAAAAGCUCCGAAAGUAUGAACAGUAGUAAAAAUCUCGCAGGACCAAACCUAUCUUAUUUAUCUGUAGGCUGUAGUCACUUUCUGACUCUUUAGCAUCUCUCUCUUUUUUUGAUAAUCCUAUCCUGGCCUAUUCUCAAAUAUGGCUUAAAUAUACAAGGUGUAUAUAUUUUUUAAUAAAUUAUUUAUCUAUACUUUUUUUGAAACAGGUAACACUAUAUGCACUCUGUUUAACAUUUCCAUUCAAGAUGUGAGAGAGAAGAAUCCCUCUGAUGAACAAACUGUAUGUCAGUGUUAUUCAAGUAACUGAGAGCCUGUUUCUGGAAAAACAUUUGUUUUUCCUAACAUUAUCUAUUAGACCUUUUAUAUUGCCUAUGAAUUUGACUUUGUGGCCAGUCUAUUAAGAUCUAAUGUAACAAAAGGGGACAAAGAAACAGAAGGAUAGAGUGUGUUAUAAAACAUUUGAUGUUAAAAAGAUACAAUAAAAAGGCAAUGGUUUUUCAAAA